AGUCCCGUGAGACGAAAGCGCAACCUUGCGGAGCAUUAGUAUACUACUACUUGACUCGGCAUUCGGUCGCAUGUUUUGACAAUUUUUCCAUGCCAUUUCCUCCUUGUCUCUGUUCUUCAUAGUUCUGCCAGGUUUGAAGUCAUGUCAAAAUCGUCAAAAUACUGCGCUGUACCUAAUUGCAAAACAGGCUACAAAAGCCUAAAAAUAAAAAGCUCUUUUUUUAGAGUGCCAACGAAUAGCGAACGGCUCAAAAAAUGGCAAGCAGCGAUUCCUGGCAAGAAAUUGAUUCCAUCGCAUUUGGUUUGUGAGAAACAUUUUGAAGAAAAAUAUAUUUUCCGAAAGUACAUCAAGCAUGACGCGAACGGGAAAGUUAUUGCAGAGGUUAUAUAUAAACGUCCUCGUCUAGACGAAUCAGCCGUUCCAACUAUAUUUGAAAGCAAUGGGCAAAUUUUCAAAUCAAUACAAAAAGAAGAGUUAGACAUCGUCGAUACUUAUUUAGAGAAUGAAAUUGCAGCAUCUCCAACACACAAUUCGUUCGAUGUUACUGUUACAAUCAAUGAAUCGCCGAUCUUGAAAGUCGAGCCAGAAACUGAGUUUAUUCUGCCGGACCUGCCAAAUGAUGUUGCUAAAGAAGAAGCAACCGAUCUUGCAUUUACAAAUAUCACAAAUGAGCCAAUUGCUGCAGAAACUCCAGUCCCGGCAACUUGUGACACAACUUUCAACAUUUCAUCGGUUACUAUCACCGAAAAAACAGCAACCGAUCUUGCAUUUACGAAUAUCACAAAUGAGCCAAUUGCUGCAGAAACUCCAGUUCUGGUAACAACUUGUGGCACAACUUACAACAUUUCAUCGGUCACUAUCACCGAAAAUAAAUCAAGUGCACAUCCCGACAACAGCGGAGGCUAUUCCGUGACGCUACCUAUGCCGUGGAUUGUGGGUCAGUUACCCAGGUCCCAAUCAAAUCAGUACCUGGUAUUUUUGUAUACAAUAACGUUGAAGAGACAGAAAACCGACAUUCCGAUAACCCAAAGAUGUGUAACCCUCGAUGAGCAAAAAAACUUACGUUAUUACAUAUAUGGAAACCUCGUUAACACAGAUGCAACGAAUCUUGUGCAAAAAUUGGACAACAUAACAAUGCUCCCAAGUAUUUUGAUCAACUUCCAAUACAAGAGCCUGUGUUGUGGCAUGGGCGAUGUGAAAGUCCGUUUUAUGCAAGCAGAGGAUACAUUCAAAAACUAUGUUGAUCAGUGGCAUCACGGCGAAUGUUCUCUGCUAUGUUCAAGAAGAAGAUGCGAUUCUUGCGCUAAGUUGAGGAGGAAGGUCCUGCAAAAGGAAAGAAGAUCAAUAAAUCCGCAUUAUGGAAUUCGGACCAGUGGCUUGUCGAGCCCAGUUGACAAAUAUAAAUUACAAGUGAUUCGGAGAAAAAUCAACAUUUUGCGCAAGAGACGCGAGAAAAAUCAAGCAAAAGAAAAUCGUCAAAAUUAAUAAAAUCAAUAAGUCUUUAUUAUUUACUA